AAUAAAUGAGAGCGUUAGAGUUUAAGCGGGUUCCUGGACGUCGUCGUUUAGACGUGGUUGUUUUGCUUCGUUCCAAUUCCACCUCACAUUUCUUAUCUUCCAUCUUCUCAUGGUGGUGGAGUUUCAGUUUCCGAUGAGAACCUGAUUUCAGAACAAAAGCAAAAUAAUAAAAAUGAACACUUUCAUAUCACCGCCUUCUACAAACAGUUACCUUAGUGGGGUCCCUUACUCUUUUAUGUCUCCGCUUCGAAACAACACCAUCAACCUUAACCUUCCAAGGUUCCAUUCCACCAACUUCUUCUCACACUCUCUGCUUCGCGCCACACUCUCCGCACGUGCCACUUCCGAUGAACUUGACACGCAAACACUAACUGAGGAACUUGCGGAGGAGACCAACGUGGAAGAGAACGCCAACAACGACGACGCGUCUACUUUUUCUGCUCCGAUUGACAAAGAGCUUAAAAAGGUUGCUCAGAAGACUGCUGCAACCUUUGCACCAAGGGCUUCCACGGCUUCAAAAAACCCUGCAGUGCCCGGAACUGUAUUGUACACUGUUUUUGAGGUUCAAGGGUAUGUAUCAAUGUUGCUAGGUGGAGCUUUGUCUUUCAAUCUCAUAUUCCCUUCUGAGGAACCUGACAUUUGGAGAUUAAUGGGAAUGUGGUCCAUUUGGAUGUUCACAAUUCCUUCAUUACGAGCUCGAGAUUGCUCAAAGAAUGAGAAAGAAGCUCUCAACUAUCUUUUUCUCCUCAUCCCAUUGCUCAAUGUUAUAAUCCCGUUCUUUUGGAAGUCCUUUGCUGUUGUUUGGUCGGCAGAUGUAGUAGCCUUCUUAGGAAUGUACGCGUGGAAGUUUGGAUGGCUUCAGAGAACGGAUUAGAAAACCCAAACUUGGUUUUUAACUGCUAUCAAGGCUUGUUGGUUCUUUGCGUUCUCAUUGAUCUCAAAUAUAUAUGACACAUAGCAAAUUGAUGCCACAGACAUUCAUUGGAGAAGUUCACACUUCAUUAAUCUCAAGGAUGGAUGAAUUCUGUGUUAAAGUUCCAGUAGCCUUUUGCAUCUUCUAUGGAAGCAAGAUACAGUCGUUACAUUCUUCCUAUUAUCACUUGAAGAGAAUGAUAUAGGUUCCUUAAAAGGUUUUGCAUUUUGUAUUAUUGCCGUGUCUCACAUUACAGGAAAACUGAAGUUCCCUAAUGUUAUCCAGAAUCUCCCUAAUAUGAAAUAUAAUGUAGCCAUGAUGCAUAGAUUUGUAUCGCUGAGUUUCGAUGGCGUUGAGGUAUUUUCUUAACUGGACGAAAUAUUCAUAUCCGUUAA